GGGACAUCCUCUGAGGGCAUGGAAGAGGCAAAUGCAACUUUGGUCACUGAGUUUGUUCUCACAGGACUUACUCACCAACCACAGUGGAAAUUCCCCUUGUUUCUGGUGUUCUUGGCAAUAUAUCUUAUGACACUUGUGGGAAACCUCGGUCUGAUUUCUUUGAUCUUGAACAACCCCCAACUUCACAUCCCCAUGUACUCUUUCCUUGGGAAUUUAACCUUUGUGGAUGCUUGGUUAUCAUCAACGGUGACCCCAAAGAUGCUGGUCAACUUCUUAGAUAAGAGCAAGAUGAUAUCUCUAGCUGAAUGCAAAACACAAUUUUUUUCCUUUGCAGUCAGUGCAACCACAGAAUGUUUUCUCCUGGCAGCAAUGGCUUAUGAUCGCUAUGCAGCCAUAUGCCACCCCUUACUGUAUCCUGUGAUUAUGACAAAUAGACUAUGCAUCCGGCUACUAGUUUUGUCAUUUGUAGGUGGAUUACUUCAUGCCAUACUACAUGAAAGUUUUUUAUUCAGAUUAACCUUCUGUAAUUCCCACAUAAUACAACACUUUUAUUGUGAUGUUAUACCCCUGUUAAAGAUUUCCUGUACUGAUCCUUCUAUUAAUUAUUUAAUGCUUUUUAUUUUCUCUGGUUCAAUACAAGUAUUCACCAUUGUGACUAUUCUUGUUUCUUAUACCCUAAUUCUUGUUACAAUUUUAAAAAAGAAGUCUGACAAGAGUGUAAGAAAAGCUUUCUCCACCUGUGGAGCCCACCUCUUUUCUGUGUCUUUAUACUAUGGUCCCCUUCUCUUCAUGUAUGUGCAUCCUGCAUCUUCACAAGCAAAUGAUCAAGAUAUUCUUUCUCUGUUUUACACUGUCAUUAUCCCUGUGUUAAAUCCCAUUAUCUAUAGUCUGAGAAACAAGCAAGUUACAGAUUCACUUGUAAAAAUGUGUAAAAGACAUUUUUAG